AUGGUCAGCGGCAACACAGGGGCGCUGGAGAAGGGGAUGGGAGCUUCGGGCUUCGGCGACUUCAGGAUGAACACUGUGACGGGCUACCUGAAAUCCAUUGAACCCCUAAAUGGCACCAACUAUGCAAGCUGGUAUAAAGAUGUUAAUGUUGCCAUUGCUGUGUGCGAGUAUGAUCUCGCCUUACGUCGAGACAAGCCAACAGAGCCCACUGAUCCCAAUGGUGAUCGUACUGCCAUUGAGAGGUGGGAGAGAUCAGACAAGAUGGUCAACAUGAUCAUUAAGAACACGAUCACUCCGGCCAUCUGUGGUGCUAUUCCUGAUAAGGACCAAAAUGGUAAUGAUCUGAGCGCCAAGGCAUACCUUGCCAAGGUGGAGGAGAACUUUAAGAGUUCUUCCAAGACUUAUGCUAGCACCCUGAUCAUGAAGAUGCUGACUUCACAGUAUGAUGGGCAAAGUGGAAUCAGGGAGCGUAUUAUGAGCAUGUGUGACGUGGCAAAUAAGAUGAAGACACUGGAUAUGGCUAUCUCUGAUGGUUUUCUGGUGCACUUCAUCAUGACUUCUCUGUCAGUACAGUACAGUCUCUUCAAAAUAAGCUACAACACUUAG